UCUUCAUCAUCAUCAUCUCCAUCAUCCUUGCUCACCUUUUUGUCCAGUCACCACGAAUCUGAUUCUCAACUUUAACAUUAGUCCAUCGCUUCAUCACCAAGCUCAGUGGCGAGCAAUUUUUUUCUCUCACUCUUGGAGAUAAUUAAAUUUUCGGUGAACAAUUUAAAAGUUACUUGGUGUGUUCACAAUUGUUGCUUUUUUUUGUUCACCCUCUUCCCUAGGUUUUCCUAGUUCCUUGUACUGUGACAGUUAUUCAUUAAUCAUCAAUGUGUAUCGAAUCAGUGUUUCAACUUUAAUCAUCCGCAAUUAACUGUUUGAGUGUUCAAUUCAAACCGAUAUUAAACUUUUCUUCAAUAUCACAACAUAAAUUCAGUUUCAUCCAAUAUCGUGAUCGUUGCUCUCGAAUCAACACAAAAGUGGAACACAAUGUCUUACGCUGAUCCUGGACUUUCGAGUUCACCCUUGUUACAUAAAUUGUUGGAUAAUGUCAAGUACUAUUAUUACGAUGUGUGGAACAUAUAUGGUGACCCAAGAGUCUCCAAUUACCCCUUUAUGGAUGGAGGUCCAUGGUCAACAAUCGCCUUGAUCUGUGCCUAUUUGGCCUUAGUGAAACAAGUUGGUCCAAAUUUUAUGAAAGAUCGUAAACCUUUCGACAUGAGAAACCUUAUCCUUGUUUAUAAUGUUGCUCUGGUUAUGAUUAACGGUUGGUUAUUUUAUUCUGGCUCAUGGAUAACCAAUUUUGGCCUGGACUCGUGGAAAUGUCAAGUUGUCGAUAGAAAAUCUCGAGAUCCACUUGACCUUUACAAGAUAGAAUUGGGUUGGUACUUUUAUAUAACGAAAGCCAUCGAUUUUUGUGAUACAUUUUUCUUCGUUCUACGUAAAAAGAAUCGACAAAUUUCUGGUCUCCAUGUUUUCCAUCACUCGUGUAUGCCUCUAUUCUGCUGGAUUGGCCUUAAAUUCACUCCCGGUGGAAACAACGCUUUCUUCCCUUGGCUCAAUUCGGGUGUUCACACUGUCAUGUAUUCUUAUUAUGCUCUAUCAACCUUUCCCACCCUAACACCUUACCUUUGGUGGAAAAAGUAUAUCACCUCAAUGCAAAUGAUCCAAUUUAUCGCUGUUAUCAUUCACUCUUUCUACUCCAUGUUAUCCCCUGGUUGUGCUUGGCCCAAAAUGUUCAUCUACCUUUCGAUAUUCAAUGCUUUCCUUUUCUUCUGCAUGUUUUAUUCAUUCUUCCAGAGAACUUAUUCUGCCAAAACAGCUUCAAAAUGUUCAAUUUCAUCUUCAUCAAAUUCAUCGACUGUAAGUAAUUCAGAUGACCAAUUGAAUCUCGCCAAAGCUUCAACUCAAACCGAAUCAACUUCUCGCAAACGGUUAACUCAAAGGAUCCCACAAGCGAAAGUUUCAAUUAACUAAUUGAUGUAAAUAGUUUUCUUUUAAUUGUCUUUCUUUUUAUAUUUUUCCUCUUCUCAUUUUCAUCCUGCAUCUUCACUUUCUCUCUCUCUCUCUCUCUUUCUCUUUCUUUCUUUCUUUCUCUCUAUCAAAUUCUGAUUCUUUUUUACCCUUUUUUAUUUAAGACAAAGUCAUUAAAAACUAACAAUUGAAAUGAACAAACGUCUCAUGUUAUUA